AGGUCGGCCACUCACAAGCAGAAGAGGAAAUGGUGGCUAGAGAAAUAGCUGAAAAACUGGGACAUACGUCUGGAAUAUCCUAUAGUGAUAUUGCUGCCACAGCUUCAGAAUUCGGUAGAAAAAAAUUAGCCAUCAAGCCAACGGAUUAGCAAUUUUCCUACUACCUUCAUGAGUUUCGGGACUACUCUGAACAUUUUCCGAAACCAUACCUAAAAAAGAAUUGAAUUUCAUUAUAUGUUAAUAACGCUAGGAUACCAAAAUGUUCGUAUCAUCUAAUCCUGGU